UUGCUUUUAUGUGACCCGGCUCCAUUUUGGACUCCAUUUCCCAUGAUCCGCCUGGCCAGAUAGUUUCUCUUCUGCGAACACGGUGUAAGAAACCGACCACCGGGCUGUGAGUAUAUGUGAGUGCGUUUGUCUGUGGUGGGACACAAGUGUUACCGAGAGCUAUUUUCCGCGUAGCGCGAGGAACGCCGCGCUUCUUGGCGCGCGCCCGUCUUGGCUUUGGGUCGCACGCUGAUGACCGCCUGCUGACGGUCGGGUAUAAAGUUCGCGAGACAGAAAAAAGAAUCCCGAAUGUUUUCAUGAAAACGAAAGCGAUACUCGAGUAGAGAGCCAUUUCCUGGGUGCGCGGCCGGCGGGAGAGGAGAUAUGGACGCGGGUGCGCAAGGCGCGGGAAGCUCCGCUCCCGGCGGGCUCGAGGAGCUCAUGGACGAGUAUCUGAGGUCGCAGGGCUUCUACCGCAAGAAGAUCGCCAAGGACGGCUCGUGCCUGUUCCGUGCGGUCGCCGAGCAGGUGCUGCGCUGCCAGAGCCGCCACACGGAGGUGAGAGCCACCUGUGUGCAGUAUCUGAAGAGCAACAGGAGCAAGUACGAGUCGUUCAUCGAGGGAGACUUUGAUGAGUACCUGAAGCGCCUCGAGGACCCGCAGAACUGGGUCGGUGAGGUUGAAAUCAGUGCCUUGGCGCUCAUUUACAAGCAUGACUUCAUCAUUUUCCAAGAGCCUGGGAAACCACCUGUAAAUAUAACUGAAAACAGUUUCAGUGAUAAGGUCCGGCUCUGUUUCCUGAACGGGAAUCACUAUGACAGUGUGUACCCACGAGAAUUCAUAAAUGUUGCUGCUCUGUGUCAGUCCAUCUUGUACGAGCUGCUGUACGAGAAAGUGUGCAGAGUGGACCGUAGCGUGGUGGCCAGCUGCAUGGAAGCCAGCGGCAAAGCCAACGAGGAAGUAGCGGCCGAGUGCAGGAGCAGCGAUGAGUCUGAUCUGGAGGAAGAGGAGAUGUUUUGGCCAAAGGAAGUAGACGUUUCUACCACUAUGAACAAUCUCAGGUCUUCGAACAGCAACCUGCCUUACAAGGCAUCGGGGAAGUUGCAGCCCCCUGUCCUGUCCGCAAGAGUACAGAUGUCACUCAACCCCUUUACCUUCAGAAAUGUGGAAUAUGAUGUAUGGCUGAGGUCAAAACGAGCUCAGCAAAAACGUGAUUUUUGCAUUGCUGCCGGAAUGCAAUAUGUUGCUGGAGAUAAGUGCAAGGUGCGUCUUGAUAAAACUGGGCAGAUGUACAGUGCGUAUGUUCAGGAAGUGUCUCCCAACAAUGGUCCAGUCACGGUUUUCAUCGAAGAGCUUGGACAGAAGCACUCUGUCUCCCUGUGGAACCUGCGGCCUCCUGGGGAUGACCCGCACGCGUGGAACACCGUGGCAGAGAAGGGGAAGCGCCAGGCCUUGGCCAAUGGGACAGCCAACAGCAGCCGCUCUGGAUCAGAGUGGGAAAGCAGAGGGAAGAAAUCCUCCGCCAAAGUUCAGUCACCGACUGUGCAGAAUGCCCCCCGAGUGGCACACAGCAGAAUGCAGAAACAGAAUUCCUGGUCCUUGCAGGCACAAACCUUCACAGAGGAGCAGGCAUUGCCUAGGGGCACACACUCCACUGCCAGGAGGAACGAUACAGGAGCUCCGGGCACAUCAUCGCAGGAGACCCGCUUUGGCCUUUCCUCAGAAGAGCGCCUUGCAAGGGAGGAAGAGCAAAAGUCCCAGGCACUGCGGGAGAUACUGUACAAGGAUGAGAAGAGCUUUCCAGCACUGGGUAGCAUCCCCCAGCCUGCCACCCAGACCAGUGAAAGUGGGCGAAGGGUCAGUGGGCAAAGCGGUGAGAGCAACAGAAAGGCGGGAGCUACGCCUGGUGAGAAGCGUGGCUCUAAGAAGAAGGGGGACCUGCAGGAACGACCUGAUGGUGAAAGAAAGGCUCAUUCUCCUAAAACUGGAGCAAAGCGGGAGAAAAACAAGGCCUCAGGUACAUCCCAGCUGGAGAGUCCUGUUCGCGUGCUGACGGACCAGGCCUGUCCUUCACCAUCAGAGCAGCUUCUAAGCUCCUCUUUAUCAGCUUCUACUCUUGCACAGCCUCCCUCAGUUGAUGGCCAUGCUCUGGGACCAUCUGCUGGUCCUACUCAACCAACCCAUGUUUUAGUGCCACCUACCUCACCUUCAUCUCCAGUAACUCGAGCUGCCACCUCCCCAAUGUCUGCUUCCACUCAGGCAACCCAAGGUAAUCGACCACCCAAUGCUAACCCUGCUCGACCAGUUCAGACUGCGGGAUCAUCCGCCUCUGGCCCUGCUCAAGCUCCAGGGUCAUCUGCCUCUGGCCCUGCUCAACCUGCUGAAGCUCCAGGGUCGUCCACCUCUCAACCUGCUCAAGCUCCAGGGUCGUCCACCUCUGGCCCUGCUCAACUAGCCCAAGAUUUGCAUCCUCCCACCUCAGUUUCCACUCUACCAAAGCAGACUCCUGGACUUCCCACCUGUAGUCCAAGUCUACUACUGCAAGGUCAAGAACUACCAGCCUAUAGUCCUCAACCAUCCCAAAAUCCCCCUCAGUACUCUGUCAUUCCUCCUACAUCCACUCCUACGCCACAGUCUUUUCAGUCUCAUGUGGUUCCUACGCCAGUGCCACAGACACGACCCUCAGUUCUCACCAGCUUUUCCUCACCAUCGCUUCCUGCGGAUACCCCACCAUAUGAGGCUACCAGUGCGAUGCCCCAAAUGAGAAUAUCUCCAGUGCCUGCCACAGUGCCACUGAUGUCUGACCACCAGAGCCAUUCUCACACUUCCACUUGUCCUCCGCACGGCUCUGUGGGACAGUCCUCCAUGCCCCUCCACCAGUUUCCAUACCCAUACCAGGACCCCCUGUACCCAGGUUUCCCAUUGAAUGACAAGGAAGAGGCUGUAUUCGUGCCACAGUUUUCCCUGAUGCGCAACGGAGAAGAUCUCCCAAGAGACAAGAGUGUUCUCCGAUUUUUCUUCAACCUUGGUGUUAAGGCAUACACAUGCCCCAUGUGGGCACCCUACUCCUACAUCUACCCUCUGCAACAGACGUACUGUAAUGCUUAUACUAUGCAGCCCAAAGUGCCCUCUGGAGCUCCCUGUGUGCCCCCAUGGGUUUCUGAUGCCCCCACAUCCACACCUCUCCUCCAUGUCAACUCCAUUCCCAGUAGUACCAUGACUGUGCCAGAAAACUACAGCCAGGUUGUUCUCGGCACAACGGGUGGCAGGGCCAUGGGCCAGUAUGAGCACCCAGGGGUGGGGUUGGCUCUCUGCUCCGAGGGCAGGCCGGCACUGGGGUACAGCCUGCAGUCCACCAUGCAGCUGCAGUCCCACACCGGGAGCAUGCCGUGGCCCCGGCCUGCUACUUUCACCGGGACCAUCUCUUCCACUGCGCCACCUCCACCUCCUGUGCAGUUGCCUCCACAGUUCCUCUCCGCUGCUACAUACCCUGCAAUGUUACCAGGGUACUCGGCUCUGAAGCUACCUGCCGGGGCUGAUCACACCACUGUUGCUGAAAUUGGGAAAACGAUGGGUCGGCCGGGCACUGACAGCCCUGCCCACAGUGUUCCUGUGCCUCUCACAGAGGCGGAGCUAUCAGCAGAAGGCCGCGUCUCCGCUGCAGCCUCUCCAGCGCAGGCAUUUGUUCCUGCCGAGCGUGUCGUGUUGCCCUGCGAAGGCAAGACCGCUGCAAGUAACAGUGAAACCACGGUAGAAACAAGCAGAGCUGAGGUGACACUCGCUAACACGCGGGUGUGCACGCCUCACAAGGGACACGUUUCUCUGGGAGAACACAGCCGGUCCGAUGUGGACCUUCAGGGAGCAGGUGGCGUGGCAGGAGGAACCGAGAACAUCCUACCUUUGGCUUACGGAGCAGUGCCCCAGGAGGGUGCACAUCAGUCCUAUGGUGCUCCUAGAGAGCUCUGUGGCGAGGAAAGCGAGGUGAACGAGGUGGCUUUCAGAGGCAGCAGGCAGUACUAUAGUGGUCCGUACAGGGGGAGGAGGAGCUUCGAGGACGGUCGUGGCUGGAGAGGUAGCAGCAGGGGGGCGUCCCGUGCCCGUAGAGACUACAACUAUAGAGAACGGCGGUCUGUGGAGGCAUAUCCUGGGUCCUUCGAUAAAGGUCAGAGUGGAAGGGGCAGGGGGAGGGCCUACAGUCAGUACCGUGGUAGUCGAGAAGUCAACUACACGUAAGACCAGUAUGCAAAGCUGUAAACCGCUUUUCCUUUCUUAUUUGAGGUUUUCUUUUAAAUUCUUUCAUUUUGGAGAUAUGUUAAUGUAGGAAUUGCAGUUCUGUCUUGAAAUUCUCAUUCAAGAGGUUGGAAUAACUUCAUACAUCUCAAUUUAGUUUUUUUUUGUUGAACUUGCUUCUGAUUAUAAAACUAAUUCGUUAUACAGUUUGGACUGAAGCCAAAGACUUUCUUUUUUUUCCUCAUCCAAUAAAAACCAUGUAAUGGGAACAUGGAGAAUUUCUGGGUGUACUUUUUGUGCAGAUUUUAAAGGUGAUGCUCAAUGGCUUACCGGGACUUUUACUGUCGGCUCAAUUCGAUAUUUAUGCACAGCUAGAAAAGAGCAGUGAACACUGUAUUGUAUACAAUGUGGCUACACAUCCAUAAUCCUUGCUCCCUAAUGUUUAUGCACACUUUAAGAGCAGUUGCUGGCACUGAUGAGCAUUUGGGUGUCAGAGGUGGAUGAACACUACCUCUUCUUCAAUUAUGCACCAGGCCUUAACUUUUCAAGACUUCUUUGCUGUUGAUUGAGAUGCGCAGUGGUUAUUUCAUCAUAACGACUAUGGAGAUGGCGCAGAAGCGUGCUGCUGUUUCACUGUUGUACAUGUGUAUCGGGAUAGUACCUGUUUGGUUCAAGUAGUUGAACUCGGUUUCAUUUUGGUGAUUCUUAAUACUUUCAUCAGGCAUCACUAGUUGCCAGUCAUUGCAGGAAUUAUAGUAAGACCCACAUCUGAACAAUCACAAACUGUUCCAGCCUACAUGACUGAGUUUACAUUGCUAUUUAUUUGGAUGGUUAGGUCCCCCACCCCCCAAGAUUUAUGCAUGUUUGCCUUUCCC